AUAUGGAUAAAUUUUACUGUUCAAAGCCCGUUUAUUAUUAAGUUCAUUUUGUUAAGAAUCCUAUAGAGUGAUGUUUGAAUCGAUGCUUUGAUACUCUGCCAACCCCUGUGUAUAUUUUCGAUUACACCCGCUUUCAAACCAAUAUUGACAUGGCAAACGAUUAGUCGGUUGCUGGGAAACGUAGUUAUACGUAUUAUACCUAUAUUGAACAAACUUUGGAGCUAUACUUUCGAUACUUUUGGUGGUCGCUGAAUACUCUUCAUUCGAUGUCUCAACAUGCCUCUGGAUAAAACGAAUUCAUCACACGAAUUCAUAACUCCCUGUCAACGGAAAACGUACGAGUGUCAUCGCGCCAGGGUUAAGAGUGCUACCUCGGUCGUAGACGUGGAGCCCCCCAAAAUUAGGCGUCACAUUAAAUUCGACGCUAAACGGAGGCAGCUUGACGCAGAACGGCAACAAAAAAUUUUAAGGGACAAUUUUAUACUAUUAAAAAAACUCCAGGCAAUCAUGCGUAAGAAAACGAGGACAGGAUACAGUUUCGGCAACUCUGGAUUUCGAACCGUGUAAUGAUUUGAGUCAAAAUAUAAUAAAGCCUUUAUGACCGUG